AUGGGGGGACAGAAGAGAGUAGUAGUGAAUUGUAUUCAGACUGACAACCUGGAACUAAAGAAGCUCAUGUAUCUCUACUUGAUGAACUGUGCCAAGAGCCAGCCAGACAUGGCCAUCGUGGCUGUCAACAGCUUUGUGAAGGACUGUGAAGAUCCCAAUCCUCUGAUUCGGGCCUUGACAGUCAGAACCAUGGGGUGCAUCCAGGUGGACAAGAUUACAGAAUAUCUCUGUGAGCCCCUCCGCAAGUGCUUAAAGGAUGAAGAUCCCUAUGUUCGGAAGAUAGCAGCAGUGUGUGUGGCAAAACUCCAUGACAUCAGUGCCCAAAUGGUGGAAGAUCAGGGAUUUCUGGACUCUCUGCGGGAUCUCAUAGCAGAUUCAAAUCCAAUGGUGGUGGCUAAUGCUGUAGCAGCAUUAUCUGAAAUCAGUGAAUCUCACCCAAACAGCAACUUACUCAAUCUGAAUCCACAGAACAUUAAUAAGCUACUGACAGCCCUGAGUGAGUGCACCGAAAGGGGCCAGAUUUUCAUCCUGGACUGCCUGUCUAAUUACAACCCUAAAGAUGACUGGGAGGCUCAGAGUAUCUGUGAGCGGGUAACUCCUCAGCUAUCUCACGCCAACUCAGCAGUGGUGCUUUCAGCAGUAAAAGUCCUAAUGAAAUUUCUAGAGUUGCCUGAAAUCUUGAAGCAGGAGAUCAAAGUUUUCUUUGUGAAGUACAAUGAUCCCAUCUAUGUGAAACUAGAGAAAUUGGACAUCAUGAUUCAUUUGGCAUCCCAAGCCAGCAUUGCUCAG